GAGAUGACAGCAAGCAGAGCAAGGAUACUUGGUUUCUCGAACCAAGAUGGCGUGGCAGCCGAACGAACAAGGUUUGAAACAAAUUUUGGAGCUCUUGAAAGAAAGUCAAAGUCAUAAUAAUGCUGUACAAAGAGCUGUUCAACAAAAAUUGGAAUCGCUCAAUCAAUUCUCCGACUUCAAUAACUAUCUCAUCUUUGUUCUUACCAAAUUAAAAACUGAAGAUGAACCAACUCGAUCCUUAGCUGGUCUUAUUGUCAAAAACAAUGUGAAGUCAAAUUAUCACUUGUUCCCGGACAAUGUUAAAGAGUAUGUAAAGACAGAAUGCUUACAGGCCAUUGGCGAUCCGUCACCUUUAAUACGAGCAACCAUUGGCAUAUUGAUUACCACUAUUGCACAAAAAGGAGAAUUAAUUCAUUGGCCACAAUUAUUGCCAUCACUUUGCCAACUCUUAGAUAGCGAAGACUACAAUAUCUGUGAGGGUUCUUUUGGUGCUCUACAGAAAAUAUGUGAGGACUCCACUGAACAACUUGACAGCGAUGCUUUGAAUCGUCCAUUGAAUAUUUUAAUUCCUAAAUUUUUGCAAUUCUUCAAACAUGCAUGUCCGAAAAUAAGGUCGCAUGCCAUUGCUUGCACAAAUCAAUUCAUUAUGGGAAGAUCCCAAGCGUUGAUGGUGCACAUCUCAUCUUUUAUCGAGAAUUUGUUUGCUUUGGCUGUUGAUGAAGAUCCUGAAGUUAGAAAAAAUGUUUGUCGAGCUCUUGUCAUGUUAAUGGAAGUUCGUAGUGAUCAACUUCUUGCGCAUAUGAAUAACAUUAUUGAGUAUAUGUUGAUCAGAACUCAAGAUAGCGAUGAGAAUGUAGCAUUGGAAGCAUGUGAAUUUUGGCUCACCAUUGCUGAGCAAACAAUAUGCAAGGAAUCUCUUGGUCCAUAUCUAAGUCGACUUAUUCCUAUACUUGUCAAUGGCAUGAAAUAUUCCGAAAUUGACAUCAUUCUCUUAAAGGGUGACAUUGAAGAAGAUGAAAAUAUUCCAGAUAAUGAACAAGAUAUCAAACCUCGUUUUCAUAAAUCAAAAACUCACAGCCAAAAGAGAGAAGAAGACGAUACAUCUGAUGACGAAGAUGAUGAUUUAGAUGAUGAUCCUUUGUCAGACUGGAAUCUUAGAAAAUGUUCAGCUGCUGCCCUUGAUGUGUUGGCCAAUGUAUUUCGAGAUGAUCUUUUACCUGUGUUAUUGCCCAUAUUAAAGCAGACAUUAUCUCACAAUGAGUGGGAAGUCAGAGAAUCUGGAAUUCUUGUAUUAGGAGCUAUUGCAGAAGGUUGCUCGAUUGGCAUGACUCCACAUCUUCCCGAAUUACUUCCGUUUUUAAUAAACUGCCUUGAGGAUAAAAAGGCACUUGUUCGUUCUAUAACUUGCUGGACAUUGAGCCGUUAUGCUCACUGGGUGGUUAGUCAACCUCAUGAUUUAUACUUUCAGAAACUCAUGAGCGAGCUUUUAAAACGGAUCCUUGACAGUAACAAACGAGUACAGGAAGCAGCGUGCAGCGCUUUUGCUACUUUGGAAGAGGAAGCAUGCACUGAACUUGUCCCAUAUCUUGGAUAUAUACUACAAACGUUGGUGUUUGCAUUUGGAAAAUACCAACACAAGAACUUAUUGAUAUUGUACGACGCCAUCGGCACACUGGCAGACUCUGUUGGUCAUCAUUUAAACAAACAGGAAUUCAUCGAAUUGUUAAUGCCUCCACUUAUCCAGAAAUGGAAUGAAUUGAAGGAUGAGGAUAAAGAUUUAUUUCCCUUACUUGAAUGUCUAUCAUCUGUAGCCACUGCUUUGCACUCGGGUUUUCUACCUUAUGCCGAACCUGUAUUUCAACGUUGUGUAUCUUUGGUUGAAAAAACGUUAACACAAAGUCUGGCUUGUGCAGCGAAUCCAAGCCAAGUUGAAGUUCCUGAUAAGGAUUUCAUGAUCGUCGCUCUAGAUUUAUUAAGCGGCUUAGCGGAAGGAUUAGAAAUUCAUAUUGAACAAUUCGUCAUACGUAGCAACGUUUUAACUCUUCUUUACCAAUGUAUGCAGGACGAUAUGCCGGAAGUUCGUCAGAGUUCUUUUGCUUUACUUGGUGAUCUUGCAAAAGCUUGUUUUAAACAUGUAAAGCCAUGUAUAGGAGAAUUAAUGCCAGUUCUUGGUAGGAAUUUAAAUCCAGAGUUCAUUUCAGUUUGUAACAAUGCAACUUGGGCUAUCGGUGAAAUAUCUAUCCAGUUAGGUGAAGAGACGAAACCUUAUGUUUCCCUCGUUCUGGCAUCGCUCGUCAACAUUAUAAACCGGGGACAUACACCAAAAACACUACUUGAGAACACAGCGAUCACGAUCGGGAGAUUGGGUUUAGUUUGUCCUCAAGAAGUGGCACCUAUGUUAGCGCAUUUUGUCAGACCCUGGUGUACGUCACUACGCAAUAUCCGGGAUAACGACGAGAAAGAUUCGGCGUUUCGUGGUAUAUGUAACAUGAUUAAUGUCAACCCGGCUGGUGUUGCUCAGGAUUUCAUUUUCUUCUGUGACGCAGUUGCAUCUUGGGCAAAUCCAAAACCUGAUUUGAAGGAAACGUUUCACAAGAUUCUUCACACCUUUAAAUCAGAAGUUGGAGAUGAAACCUGGAAAAAGUUCUUUACACAAUUUCCACUGGCUCUUCAACAGCGAUUAGCCAGUGUAUACGGUAUUUGAUGUAACCUGAGGAGAAUUGCAUGCCGGGGGGUCUAAGACUGAGGAAAUAGAAUAUUCACCCUCUACCCAUUACAUGGGCUUUCGCAAUGAAACCCGAAUGGAACAUUCAUGUCCACACGUGUCCCGUAAUCUGUCGUAUGUCGUGUGUCAUGUCACGUGGCUCAACAUAGCUUGAUAGACGCGUAAACCUAUGAGAUUAGACUAAAUUAUAAUCGAGCUACAAAGUAUGAUGUGGAUGUCAAUUGUUCGGCCAUAUUUCCCAUCGCAUUUGUGAAGAAUUUUUUCGCCUGUACAAGUAAACAUACCAUCAUUAAACUACUCUAUACAAGAUGCAUAGUCAAAUAUACCCUAUGAUUAUCUACUAAGAUUAUAGUGAUUUGUAUUGUAUGUGGACACGUUUUGUAUAAUUACGUACAAUUAUUCUUGAUAGCUCUCAAUUCGUUUUUGUAUUUGGUAAUAAUUUUACUAAACAAUGUAAUCUAGAUUAUUGUCAGUCUUACACCUUGUAAAUUUUAUCACAACAAUAUCCUAUCAAUAAAGUCUUAAUCCUAAUA